AUGACCAAGAUCUUGCUUACUGGCGGCUCCGGCUUCAUCGCCGCUCAUAUCCUCGAGCAGCUCCUCGAGCGCGGCCACGAUGUCGUCACUACCGUCCGCUCUGAGGACAAGGCCCAGAAGAUCCGCAACGCUCACAAGGACCUCGACUCCAAGCGCUUGACCGUCGUCAUCGUCCCUGACAUUGCGCGCGAAGAUGCCUUCGACGAGGUUGUUAAGACGCCCGGCAUCGAGGCCGUCCUGCACACGGCCAGCCCGUUCCACUUCAAGUGGACCGACCCCAAGAAGGAGCUCGUCGACCCCGCCGUGGUCGGCACGACCGCCAUCCUCAAAGCGCUGAAGAGGGAUGCGCCCGGUGUGAAGAGGGUCGUGGUGACGAGCAGCUUCGCGUCCAUCAUCGACGAGGCGAAACUCGACGACCCCAACACCGUCUACGACGAGAAGCACUGGAACCCGGUCACGGUGGAUGACAUCCACCGCAGCCCGGCCACCGCUUACCGCGCGAGCAAGAAGCUCGCGGAGAAGGCCGCUUGGGAGUUUGUUGAGAAGGAGAAGCCCGGCUUCGACCUCGUGACCAUCUGCCCGCCGCUUGUGCUGGGCCCCGUGGUGGACCACUUCGCGGACCUGAACACCAUCAACACCUCUAACGAGCGUGUCGUCGACCUGGUCAACGGAAAGUGGAAGACCGAGAUCGGAGCGACGGGAGCCGCGUACCUGUGGAUCGACGUCAGGGACUUGGCCCUCGCGCACAUUCUCGCUGUGGAGAGGCAAGAGGCCGGUGGCAAGAGGCUGUUCACCACGGCUGGCUGGUUCAGUAACUCGGAGAUUGCCGAUGUCACUAGGAAGAACUUCCCUGAUCUCAAGGAGAAGCUGCCUGCCGAGGGCACCAAGGGCGGGGAGUUGCCUCCUAAGGACAAGGUGUACAGGUAUGAUGACUCGGAGACAGCCAAGAUUCUGGGUAUCAAGUGGAGGAGUCUGGAGGAGAGUAUUGUGGACUUGGUGAAGGAGCUGAAGACCCUCAGCGCCUAG